CGGCGGGAGCGGAGCGAGCCGGGGCCGGGCCCGAGCCGGCGCCAUGGGGCGGCGGCGCCUGUGAGCCGCGGCGAGCGAGCCGCGGGCGCCGAGGGGGCGAGCGGGCAGCGGCGCCCGAGGCCGACGGAGCGGCCGGGCCGAGGCGCCGAGCCGAGCGGAGCGGAGCCGAGCGGCGGGAGAGGCCGCCGCCGCCGCCGCCAAGAUGGCGGACCUGGAGGCGGUGCUGGCCGACGUGAGCUACCUGAUGGCCAUGGAGAAGAGCAAGGCCACGCCGGCCGCGCGCGCCAGCAAGAAGAUCCUGCUGCCCGAGCCCAGCAUCCGCAGCGUCAUGCAGAAGUACUUGGAAGACCGGGGCGAGGUGACCUUUGAGAAGAUCUUCUCCCAGAAGCUGGGGUACCUGCUCUUCCGGGACUUCUGCCUGAAGCACCUGGAGGAGGCCAAGCCCCUGGUGGAGUUCUACGAGGAGAUUAAGAAAUACGAGAAGCUGGAGACAGAGGGGGAGCGCCUGGCGCGCAGCCGGGACGUCUUCGACACCUACAUCAUGAAGGAGCUGCUGGCCUGCUCGCAUCCCUUCUCAAAAAGUGCCAUUGAGCAUGUCCAGGGCCACCUGGUGAAGAAGCAGGUGCCUCCGGAUCUCUUCCAGCCAUACAUCGAAGAGAUUUGUCAGAACCUCCGAGGGGAUGUGUUCCAGAAAUUCAUCGAGAGUGACAAGUUCACACGAUUUUGCCAGUGGAAGAACGUGGAGCUCAACAUCCACCUGACCAUGAACGACUUCAGUGUGCACCGCAUCAUUGGGCGAGGGGGCUUCGGAGAGGUCUACGGGUGCCGGAAGGCCGACACGGGAAAGAUGUAUGCCAUGAAGUGUCUGGACAAGAAGCGCAUCAAGAUGAAGCAGGGGGAGACCCUGGCCCUGAACGAGCGCAUCAUGCUCUCCCUCGUCAGCACCGGGGACUGCCCAUUCAUCGUCUGCAUGUCAUACGCGUUUCACACUCCGGACAAGCUCAGCUUCAUCCUUGAUCUCAUGAACGGCGGGGACCUGCACUACCACCUGUCCCAGCACGGGGUCUUCUCCGAGGCCGACAUGCGCUUCUACGCAGCCGAGAUCAUCCUGGGCCUGGAACACAUGCACAACCGUUUUGUCGUCUACCGGGACCUGAAGCCCGCCAAUAUCCUGUUGGACGAGCAUGGCCACGUGCGCAUCUCUGACCUGGGCCUGGCCUGCGACUUCUCCAAGAAGAAGCCCCACGCCAGUGUGGGCACCCACGGGUACAUGGCCCCCGAGGUUCUGCAGAAGGGUGUGGCCUACGACAGCAGUGCCGACUGGUUCUCCCUGGGCUGCAUGCUCUUCAAAUUGCUGAGGGGGCAUAGCCCCUUCCGGCAGCACAAGACCAAAGAUAAGCAUGAGAUUGAUCGCAUGACACUGACCAUGGCCGUGGAGCUGCCCGACUCCUUCUCUCCCGACCUCCGCUCCCUGUUGGAGGGGCUGCUGCAGAGGGAUGUCAACCGGAGACUGGGCUGCCUGGGCCGAGGGGCCCAGGAGGUGAAGGAAAGCCCCUUUUUCCGCUCCCUGGACUGGCAGAUGGUCUUCUUGCAGAAGUACCCUCCCCCACUGAUCCCCCCGCGAGGGGAGGUGAAUGCGGCCGACGCCUUCGACAUUGGGUCCUUUGAUGAGGAGGACACAAAAGGAAUCAAGUUACUGGACAGCGACCAGGAGCUCUACCGAAACUUUCCCCUCACCAUCUCGGAGCGGUGGCAGCAGGAGGUGGCAGAGACGGUCUUCGACACGAUCAAUGCUGAGACGGACCGGCUGGAGACCCGCAAGAAAACCAAAAACAAGCAGCUGGGCCACGAGGAAGACUAUGCCCUGGGCAAGGACUGCAUCAUGCACGGCUACAUGGCCAAGAUGGGCAACCCCUUCCUGACCCAGUGGCAACGGCGGUACUUCUACCUGUUCCCCAACCGGCUCGAGUGGCGGGGCGAGGGCGAGGCCCCGAGCCUGCUGACCAUGGAGGAGAUCCAGUCGGUGGAGGAGACGCAGAUCAAGGAGCGCAAGUGCCUCCUUCUCAAGAUCCGAGGUGGUAAACAGUUCGUCCUGCAGUGCGACAGUGACCCCGAGCUGGUGCAGUGGAAGAAGGAGCUGCGUGAGGCCUACCGCGAGGCGCAGCAGCUGGUGCAGCGGGUGCCCAAGAUGAAGAACAAGCCGCGCUCUCCCGUGGUGGAGCUGAGCAAGGUGCCGCUGAUCCAGCGUGGCAGCGCCAACGGCCUCUGACCCGCCCCACCCUUCCACCUGCCUUUUAUAAACCUCUAAUUUAUUUUGUCGAA